AUGCAACAACAUGCGUCGCCUCAGCCCGCACAGCACACCAUCGGAACGCCCUCUCUCGGCCAAAGCAGCACCGUCGACUCGCUCACUUGUCAAUGGCUGAACUGUGGUGAACGCCAUCAGACUGCCGAGGCUCUUUAUGAGCACGUAUGCGAGCGUCACGUCGGUCGCAAGAGCACAAAUAACCUCAACUUGACCUGCCAUUGGGGUUCCUGCCGCGUUACAACCGUCAAGCGUGAUCACAUCACCUCGCACAUCCGCGUACACGUUCCCCUCAAGCCCCACAAGUGCGACUUCUGUGGCAAGGCCUUCAAGAGACCUCAGGAUCUCAAGAAGCACGUCAAGACCCACGCCGAUGACUCGGUCCUUCUCCGCUCUCCCGACCCGAACAUGGGUCAGAAUAGACCCCCGGGUAACAACUACCAACAAGCACAGCCCACCAACGGCUACUACGGUCACGAUUUGGGAGCUACCAACGGCUACCCUCACCCCAAUCACGGCUUGAACAGCAACAACUUCUUCCAGCAACCUCAGCAGCAGCCUCAGUACGCAGGCUAUGGCCAGGUUAACUACCCUGCCAGCAACAGUCUUGCCGACAUUCAAAGCAUGGACACUCGUAGACGCGCCAUCGAAGCUCUGAACGAUUUCCUUGGCGACAUCAAGCGCCGUGCUAUUGACCCUGGCAACUACUACGACGUCGGCCAGCGUCUCCAAUCGGCCAACCUGCCUCUCCCUAUCAGCACCGGCUACGGUUACUCGACUGGCAACAGCUACUCCAACAACAACAACUCAUCGUUCAGCGCGGCCAGCUCAUUGCUCGAUAGCUUCAACAACUCUGGCAACAUGCAGAUGACUGGUACUGGUGGCGGCGGCUUGUCGCAAGGUCCCCUCACCCAGUCCUACUCGCUGCCUCUGCCUUCAAACGCCCGUACCAAGCAGGAUCUGGUCGAGAUUGACAAAUUCCUCGAGCAGCUCCAAGCUACCGUCUACGAGAGCAGCAACAGCGCCGCCGCCGCUGGUGUCCAGCAGCCUGGAUCCCAUGCCCAGUACACAAACUACCCUGGCUUUGGCAGCCAAUAUCGCAGCAGCGACAGCCCUCCCAACAUGCACCACUCUGGUUCCGUUUCUACACCUGGUGUCGGUUCGCUUUCCGGCAUGCCUUCCAGCAAUGCUAUGGAGACUCCUGCUCUCACUCCUGCUUCCGUGUCAUCCUACACUUCAGCAGGCCAGUCUCCUAUGUCUACCCACUCUCGCUCUAGCAUGAGCAGUGUCCACGGUAGCUCCAUGUACCCCAGUCUGCCUUCCGUCACUGCCAUCUCGGACAUGGGUGCUGGCUACCCUGCAACCACUUCCGCCCCUGCAUCGGGUCUUGCUUCUGGCUUCGAGGGCUUCGAGGGCCGCCGCUACAGUGGCGGCCGUCUCCAGCGUGAGGCUCCUGCUCCUCGUUCUCAUGAUCUCGACUCCGACGCUAUGGAGACCGAGUCUGAGGGUGCCAAGACUCCCCGCGCAAGCACCAAGCAACCCGAGGACUCGUCUGCUCUCGAUCCCGCUCUUCGUGCUGCCUCUCAGACAUCAACUGCUGUCCAGAGCCCUAGCACUGGUGCAGGCAGCGACUCAGAUGAGAAGCAAGCUACCUGGGUUGAGAACGUCAGAGUCAUCGAAGCUCUCCGCAGAUGGGUCAGCGAGCGAAUCAACAACCAGGAGUUUGAAGGCGAGGCUGCUGAAUACCCCGAGCCCCAGCACCAUGUUGAUCACGACAUGCACAUGGACCACCAGCCUUCUGAACAGAAAGCUCUUGAGCCUCAAUACGAGCAGGUUCACCACCAUGAGCAUGAACACGAGCACCAGCAACAGCAUGAGCAGCAGGCCGCCCCUGAGGGCGAUGUCAACGUUGCUUACCCUGUUUUGAAGGUUGAGGAGUAG